AUGGGCUGGAGUGGGGAGGGACUGGAGGCAGGGGGCACCCCACCGCCAGCAGCUACUGCAACAAUCCAGAAACCCCGGCACAAGCCCAUGUAUGCUGAUCUCACGCCAGACACCCACAUGCCUACAUGGGCCUGGCCAAAUUAUACUGUAGGGAAGCCCUGCCAUGACAAGAAACCUGAUCACUACUGCAGCCCUUCAGCCCCAGCAGCCAACACAGGUCGUGUUUGGGCCAAGACCAUGGAGCAGGCAGCGCGGGUCAUCAUCGAAAAGUCCUACACCCGCCUGGGCAGCGACUUCCACACCAACAAGUACAUGUGCAAGGAGAUCGCCAUUAUCCCCAGCAAGAAACUCCACAACAAGAUCACGGAAUAUGUUACUCAUCUGAUGAAGCACAUCCAGAGAGGCCCUGUGAGAGGUAUCUCCAUCAAACUGCAGGAAGAAGAAAGAGAAAGGAGGGAUAACUAUGUUCCGGAUCAGGAGAUCAUUAAAGUGGACCCUGAGACCAAAGAAAUCUUGAAACUCCUAGACUUUGGCAGUCUGUCGAACCUGCAAGUUACCCAGCCCACAGUUGGAAUGAACUUGAAAACCCCAAGAAGAGCUGUUUAUUGUUUACUUUUGCCUUCUUUCCAAUAA